GGCCGUCGCGGAUCUAGGAUGAUCAGGUCGCGUCCGAUCGAGUCGGAGGAGAUCGGUUCGGUUCGGUACCAUAAACAUCGCUUCUGUCGGCGUCACGCUGCUUUCCGCUGGCCGCAGAGUCCAAGUCGCUGCGCUCGACACACGCGACGGCCGUCUCGCACUGUUCGACAACCUCGCACACAGUCUGCUAGACUGGACAAGAUGCGAGGAUCCCGACCACGGGUCAAGCCUCUGGACAGAAACGGACAUGCUCACAGCCCUUCUGACUACGACGCCGAGCAGCACGGGCUCCUUGAUGAGGGAUACACCAAUGGACCGCUUCCAACACCAUUUCCGGGAAAGGGCAAGGGGCCCGCCUACGAAGAGGGCGGUGUGAUCGACUGGCAACGCGAGGAAGCAGCUGAACGAGAACGGAAGCGCAUCCUCGUCAAUCACCGUGGCUUUCGAGGCCUAACAGCUAGAUUGGCGGAUGCGGGAAGUAUGUGGCUAGUCAUCAUUCUGACGGGUUUGGGGAUUGGGACGGCGGGGGCGUGGCUCGACGUGCUCGUGCGAUGGUUAGGUGAUUUGCGGGACGGUCGAUGUACAUCCGGCUUCUUUUACAACGAAGUCAUGUGCUGCAGUGGACUGGAUCCGGGCGAACUCUGCUAUGAGUGGCAGACAUGGAGCGAGUAUUUGAACAUCAGAUGGAUUAUUGUUCAGUCCCUGCUGCAAUCGUCUAUUUACAUCUUGCUCGCGGUUGCAUUCGCCGGAAGCGCAGCUGCUCUAGUCAAAUUCUACGCGCCAUACGCAUUUCAUACGGGAAUUCCUGAGAUCAAGGCCAUCCUCAGUGGCUAUGUUCUGGAUUCCUUCCUUUCUCCUUGGACUCUGCUCAUCAAGGCGCUCGGGCUUGCACUUGCGGUUGCUUCAGGCCUAUCUUUAGGCAAAGAGGGCCCGCUAGUACACGUCUCGUGCUGUUUGGCCCUUCUCCUCUCGAAAAUGUUCAAGCAAAUCCAUCGAAACGAAGCCCGAAAACGCAAGAUGCUCGCAGCGGCAGCAGUCGCGGGUGUCUCAGUCGCCUUCGGCUCGCCCCUCGGCGGCGUGCUCUUCGGGCUUGAGGAGCUCGACACGUUCGCGAGCGGGACGGACGUUAUGUGGCGUGGGUUCGUUACGAGCGUGAUCGCAGCGAUGGCGCUACAGUAUAUCGACCCGUUCGGGACGAGCAAGCUCGUGCUGUUCCAGGUGCAGAUCACAGACGAGACGACGGUGUGGCGGGCAUUUGAGCUGAUUCCAUGGCUGAUCCUCUCUGUGCUCGGAGGCUUACUUGGCUCGCUCCUCAUCAAGCUGAACGCGCGUAUCGCAGUGUAUAGACGCAACGGCGUCCUGAACAACUGGCCGACGGUAGAGGUCAUCAGCGUCAGUGCAAUUACCGCUGCAGUCUGCUACCUGGUGGUAUUCCUUAGAGUGCAGUCGUCGGAAUUGGUCGCGAACCUAUUCUUAGAGUGCGAUCCUAUCAGAGGAGACUACCACGGUCUAUGCAACACGACAGCCAUCUGGGCGAAUGUCUUUCUGCUCAUCCUUACGGCUGGCACGAAACUGGUUUUCACAGCAUGGACCUUUGGCAUGAUGAUCCCGGCGGGUAUCUUCCUGCCCACGAUUGCCAUAGGUGCAUGCCUUGGUCGCGCUGUUGGUCUUAUCACUCAGGGUCUGCAACGGGCUUAUCCUCAGGCUUGGAUAUUCCUGUCUUGUCCACCGGAACCGAAUGCACGAUGUAUCUCCCCAGGGUUCUAUGCUGUGAUCGGUGCAUCCGCCAUGCUCGGCGGUGUCACGCGAAUGACUGUCUCCCUCGUUGUCAUCCUCUUCGAGCUCACCGGCGCACUCUCGCACGUCCUGCCCAUCAUGAUCUCCGUGAUGGUCUCCAAAUGGGUGGGAGACUACUUCGGGAAGGAGGGCAUCUACUCAAUUUGGAUCGCGAUGCGCGCGUACCCCUGGCUGCCGCCGUCCGAGUUCCGCGACAAGGGCGAGACCGCCGCGGACGUGAUGAAGCGCGCGGCGGACCUCGUCGUCAUCGCGGAGGACGCGGAGCGGGGGUGCGAGCUCCAGGACGUCGACCAGGUGGUGCGGAUGUAUCGGUUCCACGGGUUCCCGGUCGUGUGCGGGGAGACGUUCGUGGGGUAUGCGACGCGGGAGAACCUGAGGGCGGCGUUGGAUACGCUUAUUGCUGAGGAUCUUGCGUCCGGGCAGCGCAGGUGGUGCACAUUUUUGGCGCGUCCUGAGCAGCCGGACUUGGUCGACUUGUCAGACGUGCUGGAGGACGCGGUGCUGCAGAUGCGGCCGGAGAUGCCUCUCGAGCUGGUCGUGAGCACGUUCCAGAAGCUGAAUUUGCGACAUAUUCUAUUCUCGCGAGGGGGCAUCUUGUGUGGCAUGGUCACAAAAACGGAUGUCGUGCGACUCUUCACGGCACAGUUUCCCUACACCUCGGCGCUCUCUGAUAAGGGCUGGUGAAGAAACGCUGCAAGUCUACGUUGCAGUAUUUAACCUAUCUUUAUUAUAUGUUCUACGGGAUUCGCGCAUGCUAUCGAUGUCUAUGGAUUUCCGCCGUGG